AUGUCCGGCGAUCUCCUCCCAAAAGCAAGUUUCUGGGACGAAGCCGACAUCCUGACCCAGUUGGAAGGUUUCUGGCUGGUCAGUGCAGGACUCGACCCAGCCACCACCUUCCGCUCCAACUUCAACGCCCGCGACGACGACGUCUUUCUGGCGUCGUCCAUCAAGACCGGCACCACAUGGCUCAUGGCUCUCUCCCAUUCCAUCCUCAAUAAAGCCGAAAACGGGGAUCCCUUAGCCACGGACAACCCUCACACUCUCGUCCCCACCGUCGAGUUCGAGCCCUUGUCCACCAACAAAAAGCUCGACAUCUACGACGCCUCGGCCCCUCGCCUCCUCCACAACCACCUCCCAUACUCCCUCCUCCCUAGCUCCAUCAAGAACUCCGCCUGCAAGAUCCUCUCCAAUAUUCAACACAAGGGUUACUUUGGUAACGGCCUAGCAUUCCAACUGCAAAGUUGA